AUGUCCACCAGAUUAGCAUGGAUUGGUGUGGGAAAUUUGGGGCGGGGCAUGUGCAAGAACCUCGUCGCCAAAGGAAACCUGAGCCAGCCCCUCAUUCUUUUUAACCGUACAAAGCAACGUGCUGAGGAGCUCUCCGGGCUACUCCCAGCGGGAAAAUCAGCUGUCGCUUCCUCUAUCACGGAGGCGGUAUCAAAGUCUGAUAUUAUAUUUACAUGCGUCGGCGAUGACAAAGCCCUCAACGAGACCAUUGAAACGGCUCUUCAGAGCCAAGUGAAGGGCAAGCUUUUCGUGGACUGCUCAACUGUGCACCCUGAGACUACAGAGCAGUUGGCAAAAGCUAUUGUGGAACAGGGUGCCGGAUUUGUUGCAUCCCCAGUAUUCGGGGCAGCACCCAUAGCAGAAGCUGGCCAACUUAUUUUCGUGUUGGCAGGGCCACCUGCGGAAGUUGAAAAAGUCAAGCCGUAUACCACUGGAGUUAUGGGACGGGCAGUGAUUGAUUUGUCAGGCGAGUCUCAAGGAAAAGCAUCCUUAUUGAAGGUCACCGGCAACACCUUCAUCCUACAGAUGAUUGAGGCUCUGUCGGAAGGGCAUACGCUUGCUGAGAAGACAGGUCUGGGAGUUGAUAAUCUGCAUAAAUUUGUGGAAUUAUUGUUUCCAGGGCCCUAUACUGCUUACUCUGAAAGAAUGAAAGGUGGAGCUUAUUAUAAAAAGGAGCCCUUAUUUUAUGUAGAUUUGGCCCGAAAGGAUGCCGGUCAUGCAUUGGAAUUGGCGGAGUCAUCUGGUUGUAGAUUGCGAGCUGUGGAGGUCGCCGAUGAGCAUCUUGCGGUAGCCCAGAAACACACGGACUCGAAGGGAGACAUUGCCGGCAUUUAUGGCGCUGUGAGAAUGGAAGCUGGCCUCAAGUAUGAGAAUUAAGUUAUCCGUAGUGAUCCAUCCAAAUUCCUCUUCGCUGUCGUUCGGCGAAUCUCUUGAAAUUGGUGUGAUAUAAUAUUAGUAAUUUAUUUGAAGUUUCCAAAUCAUCUUGAAU